GGCAGUGCGUGCGGCCCGGCGGGCGGCGCCUCCUCCCCUUCCUCUGGCGGAGGCUGACGUGGAGUCCGCGGGCGGCGGGGAGGCGCCGGGCCUCCGGGGCGGCGAGGAGGCGGCCAUGAACGGCGACCGCAGCGAGAGCGACUGGCAGGGGCUGGUGAGCGAGUACCUGGUGUGUAAGAGGAAACUGGAAAGUAAAAAGGAAGCCCUGUUGAUCCUGUCAAAGGAGCUGGACACAUGCCAGCAGGAGAGGGACCAGUACAAACUCAUGGCCAAUCAGCUUCGAGAACGUCACCAGUCUCUCAAGAAGAAAUACCGAGAGCUGAUUGAUGGCGAUCCAUCACUUCCCCCUGAAAAGAGGAAACAGGCUAAUCUGGCACAACUACUGCGAGAUACUCAAGACCGAAAUAAACAUCUGGGAGAAGAAAUUAAAGAACUUCAGCAAAGGCUUGGAGAAGUCCAGGGUGACAAUAAGCUCUUGAGGAUGACAAUCGCCAAACAGAGGCUGGGAGAUGAGGAAAUCGGCAUGCGUCACUUCGCGGCUCAUGAGCGGGAGGACUUGGUCCAGCAGCUGGAGAGAGCGAAGGAGCAGAUCGAGUCUCUGGAGCAUGACCUGCAGGCCUCUGUGGACGAGCUGCAGGAUGUGAAAGAAGAACGCUCUUCCUACCAGGACAAGGUGGAGAGACUGAACCAGGAGCUCAACCACAUCCUGGGUGGCCACGAGAACCGCAUCAUCGACGUGGAUGCGCUGUGUAUGGAGAACAGGUACCUUCAAGAGAGACUAAAGCAACUUCAUGAAGAGGUCAACCUCCUGAAAUCCAACAUAGCCAAAUACAAGAAUGCCCUCGAGAGAAGGAGAAACUCAAAAGGCCAGGGCAAAUCCAGCAGCGGCGCCCUGACAGGAGUCCUGUCUGCAAAGCAAGUUCAGGACCUGCUCUCCGAGGAGCACGGCUGCAGCCUCCCAGCCACACCCCAGUCCAUUUCUGACCUGAAGUCUCUGGCAACAGCCCUUUUGGAAACAAUCCAUGAGAAAAAUAUGGUCAUCCAGCACCAGAGGCAGACCAACAAAAUCCUAGGGAACCGGGUGGCUGAGCUGGAAAAAAAAUUAAGAACUCUGGAAGUUUCUGGCUUGUGGAGUCUUCCAGGCCUGAGCUACAAUGUUUCAGUAGGAUAUGGGAGGGGCAAGGACACCAUCCUGUUUAGUGACCCCACUCUUCCCACAAUACAGAGGUCAAGAUCCCCACUGCUGAAGUUUGUUGAGCUGUCUCCUGAGAGCAAAGAGAAUCUGAAGGAUGGGGAGGCUGGGAAAGAAGGAAGUGAUGGAAGCUGUACUCCUGCCACAGGUUCCACAGCACCAGAAAACACUGGGAGGCCCACUGUCAACUCCACGGUGACUCAGAGCCCCGGGUCCGCAGGCCCUCUGGUGCCACCGUUGGUGUCCCUACUCCCUUCUGAGCAAGAAGAGGGAAAUGGGCUGGGCAGGGAAAGUGGAGAAAUGACUGAGGCACAGGCCCUUGCAAAUUCAGAAGGAGUCAGCCCAGAGAGUCCCUUGGAAAAUUUGAGAGAGAAAAUGGAGUCACCCCUGCCAAGCCCAGCCUCCCAAGGGGAGCGCUCCAAAUCUGGCCAGAACCCCUUUGAAGCUGCAGAUACCCCCCAGGAAGACAGCAAGGUCAGCCCAGAAGGUGGGGGCACCAGGGGCGCUGUGAAGACUUGAAGGGGACAGGGCACAACGGCACGUGGAAGGACCGGGGACACAAACAAAGCCUCGGAACAGCUCUCCAAAGUGGCUCUCCCAUGGCACCCCGCAGCCUGCCACCGGGCAAAAAUCACGGGUCCCCUUGAGAAUGGGACUGUUCUGAUGGGGCCGGUGCCACGUGGGUUAUUAAAUUCGGGUCUCCGA